CGACCGGAGGCGCAGCCGCAGCCGGAGCCGCAGCCGCCGCGAGCGGCGCCGGAGCGCCAGCCGCGCGGCGCGCAGGGGCGAGAGCAAGUUCUCCGGUGGCGAGGCGCCCGCGGAGGCGGCGGGCGCGGGCGCCUCGGCGCCAUGCCUGGCGCCAGACCAGGCGGAGAAGCUGCGCCAGCAGCUGCAGGCGCUGCAGGGCAUGCGCGGCCAGCUGCUCGCCUCCGGCGGCGACGUGGCGGCGGUGGACGAGCAGAUUGCGCUGUCCCAGAAGCUGCUCGAGGGCAUGACCCAGCCAGCGCCCUCCCCGGCGCCGCAGCCGUUCCCUGAUGCGGGAGGCAGCGCGCCUUCGUGGGUCGGUGGCCCACAGGCUGACCCGUGCUCCAGCCAGGCGUCCCAGCCCACCCUGGAGGCCCCGAUGGGCAUGGCCUCCAUGGGAGCUCCGCAGACAUGCCAGCCCCAGAUGGGCAUGGCCCCGCAGGCAUGCCAGCCACAGAUGGGCAUGGCGCCGCAGGCAUGCCAGCCACAGAUGGGCAUGGCGCAGCAGCAGAUGGGGAUGGGCAUGACCAGCCCGAUGGGCAUGGCGCCCAUGGGGGCUCCCCAGGCAUGCCAGCCACAGAUGGGCAUGGCGCAGCAGCAGAUGGGGAUGGGCAUGACCAGCCCGAUGGGCAUGGCGCCCAUGGGGGCUCCCCAGGCAUGCCAGCCACAGAUGGGCAUGGCCCAGCAGCAGAUGGGGAUGGGCAUGGCCGCGGCGCCGCCUAUGGGAGCUUCGCAGGCUUACCAGCCUGCAAUGGCCUCGCCCAUGGGGGCUCCACAGGCGUGGAACGCAGGCAGUCAAGGUGCUAUGCCGGUCCACGGCGCGAGCGCCGCGUGGGGCGCAGGUUUUGUUCCGCCCAGCCAGCCGCCACCAGCUUCGCCGGGCUGGGUGUGAGGCGGUGCGCCUGGCAGACGCUCUGUAUUAGGGCGGCGCACUCAGUCUUCUUCGCAGGCGGCCGCUGCAUCGAUGAA